UGAUCGCCUUCCUCGUCCUUCGUCCUUCUUCACCUCGACAGCAUCUCUAGCCUGCGAUGGUCCUUGGAAGCUAACGCCUAGCCACUCACUAACCAUGCAUCUUCCAGCCCAUCUACAGCUUCUCCUAGCUCUGCUUCCAGCUGUCGUACUCUCAUAUGACGGCGCAUCGCAAAGGCCACCAGGCAACAAAGCCAUUCUACUCUCUCAAGUCCAGACUUUGACGCUUCGGGGAGAUCGACUCACCUCCUCUCGUCGCGUGUCUCCAAUUCCCCAAUUACAAUGUGUUGGACCCUCCAAGCGUAUAUGCGACUCGUAUCCCAUUGAAAUAAUGCGUUGCACCAAUGCCGGCCACGACUAUGACGAAGAAGACGUUCAGUGGACCUGUACCGCCUCGCUACCACCCGAGUUGAAACUAGGCUCAACGGACGUGAUCUGUGAGGGAUACCGGAAUGCGGACGACCCAUGGGUUUUGAAAGGAAGCUGUGGCGUCGAAUACCGGCUACUCUUGACGGACCUGGGUGAGAAAAAGUUCGGACGAAAACACGACGACAAUUGGUCCGAGGGCAUUGCGCGACAUAAGUGGCAGAAGGCGUUGUCGGUAAUAGGGAGCGUGCUAUUCUAUGGAUUUGUCGCUUGGGUCUUGAUUGUCAUGCUCGAUGCAUGCUUCGGUGCUCAAGGUGAUCGGAGACGUCGAACACCUGGCCGUGGCUGGGGUGGAUUUGGUGGUGAUGGCGGUGGCGGUGGAGGAGGGGGAGGAGGAGGCCCGUUCUAUGAUCCUCCGCCGCCGUAUAGCAGUCAUUCUGAUAGCUCUCGUGGAUGGAGACCUGGCUUUUGGACCGGCGCGUUGGGAGGUGGCGCAGCUGGUUACGAGUAUGGAAGGCGAAGCGCUUACAAUUCUUCACGGCGACACUCGCCGCCAUCCAGACGACGGAAUGAGUCGUAUGACCCAGGAGAAGGCAGCUCUCGGUCGCCUUCGUAUCGAUUCUCUGAUACUACUACCACAAGUACUGGGUUUGGAUCAACCAGGCGCAGAUAAGAAUCUCAACUCAGACAUUGUCAUUGCAUCCUAUAUCUAAAACCUGACCCACUGGUGGAAUGAAACACCUGUAUGGGAAUGGAGGAUUCUCAGGGAAUACCUCAUAAGCCCGAGUGGCGACGAUUUUGCAAACACAAGGCAGAUCCAACGUCGCAAGCCACUGCAGGAUAUAAUCGUAGUAGUAAUAUAACUCA